AAUAAAUGAAAAAGACAGCACGAUACGGCCAUGGCACCAGAAGAGCACAUUUCUGCAAAUUUGUCAAGCCUCACUCCAAACGUACGCGAGCAGCGCUACGACUUCCUAGCCAUCGUUGAUUUCGAGGCAUCAAUUAAUGAGUCCGACGGCACUCGCGAGAUCACAGAAUUUCCCCUUGUUUUGCUCUCUACCGCAACGCCAUCAUUAAACAUCAUUGACGAGUUCCACAAUUUCGUUCGACCACAACGCAAUUCUGGCAUGAAACAUAGGCACCUCAAAGACUUCCCACCACAAGAACUUCUUGACGAAAGUCCUACCUUCUCAGAAGCAUGGCAAUCCUUGCUGGCAUUUCUGGAACAGCAUGGUGCAACAGCAUCCAAUACGCUGGCAAUUACUUGCGGAGAUUGGGACUUCAGGGCCAUGCUUCCUGCAGAACAAUCCUUCUACAACAUCGCUCGUCUGCCGUUAUUCGAAAAGUGGUGCAAUAUCAAACACGCAUUCAGGUCAUUCACCGGCAAGAAAGCAGAUUCGAUGGUCCGCAUGCUGAACGUGAUUGGCCAAGAGCUGAUUGGGACGCACCACAGCGGGAUUGAUGAUGCUCGUAACAUUGCUAGCAUUGCGAGAUGGUUGCACGAGCAAGGAUGCGUCUUCAAAAUCACGAGCGAUGGAUCGGUUGAUGAGGAGGAUUUGCAACGUCAAGCAAUGUUGCAGCGCGAGAAGGAAGAAUUAAAGCAAGCUGCAGAAGAGACACGUAUUACAAAACUCUCCGGUGGGGCAGUGAAGCCUGAAGAAAUGUUCAGGAAUGAUUCCAACUUCUCAGGAUGGGAUGAUGAUGGCAUUCCGACGCAUCGGGCGGACGGGACGCCAUUGUCGAAAAGUGCUGUCAACAAGCGGAAGAAGAUGUGGAAAGCUCAGCAGGGGUUGCAUGAAAAGUAUCUAGCAUGGAGAGAAAGUUUAGAAUGAAAAAGUUAUUCAAUGUGACAGAAGUACUCAGG